AAUUAUUGCAAGUCACAACUAGUUCCACCUUUUGGUGUAACGAUUAUGCGCGGGCGGAGGUCUCACCAAGUUACAAAGAUCUCAUAUUCAACUUUAGUUUCUGAAGCGUUCUGCAUUGGAUUGUGCAUGAUGGUGCUGGUUACAAACACCAGCUACUGCCAGAACCACCAGAACUUUGUCACACUGAGGUACCAUCAUACCUGCCUUCAUUCGGGUUAAUUUGAAAACGCCUUUUAUAAGGCGAAUCGACAUCAUCUUGGGCUCAACUAUAAUUCCUCCUUAUGCUCUUCACUCAUAUUCUCGCCUCAGGGAUAUCGUGCAUUGUUGCCCUGGUUGUCACUUUGGGUCUGACUCGCAGACGCGUCUAUCCUUUACCUCUGCCGCCUGGCCCUCGUCCCUUACCAUUUUUGGGUAACGCGCUACAGUUGGAUACCAAACGACCUUGGCUUACUUAUACUGCGUGGGGAAAGACAUAUGGAAGAAUCAUUCACUCCCGCAUAUUUGGGAUCGACUUGAUCAUCAUAAACUCUGAAACUAUCGCGCGAGAGUUGCUGGACAGGCGUUCUGCAAAUUACUCUACUCGCCCCGUCAUUCGCACCAACGAAUUAGCUGGACUGGCUUUCAAUACUGCAUUACUUCCAUAUGGCGAGAUGUUACGACGACAUCGCAAGAUCUUCCAUCAAAUCCUCAGGGCCGAAGCGUCAGUCUCAUAUCACAAGAUGUACUCUCGCCACGCAAACGAAUUAGUCGUCAAUCUCUUGGAUGUCACUAGUAACCUGUCCCAGCAGACUGAAAGAUACACGGCAUCCCUUAUCAUGGCUGUGACAUACGGAUAUAUUGCUCACGGAAGUGAAGACCCAUUUCUUUCCCGCACGCGCGAACUCUUUGAUAUUGGCAAAUAUAUUGUUUCUCCCGAGAGGGCUGCCAUAUUUACAGCCUUUCCUUUCCUCGAAAAAUUGCCGUAUUGGUGCUUUGGUGGCGCAUUUGCUCUGAUAGGACGCUGUAGAGAAUUAGCUCAACAGCUUUUGAAUGAACCCUUUGACGAAGUAAAGGCACAAAUGGAAAAUGGUACUGUUUCGCACUCAUUGGUCACUGACUUUCUCAGUCAACCUCACGACGACGUUGACGAGGACACGAUGAAGGCUGUUGCAGUUACGGGAUAUAUAGUUGGCAUGGACACGACUGCAUCCGCAUUGCAGACAUUUCUGCUGGCCAUGGUGCUCUAUCCUGAUGUCCAAGCCAGGGCUCGUGCAGAAAUGGACCAAGUUGUGGGGCAUGAUAAAAUGCCGUGCCUUGAUGACAGGGCGUCACUACCCUACAUCGAUGCCACUCUCCACGAGGUCCUGAGAUGGUAUCCUGUGGCCCCCCUAGGAGUUCCACAUGCGACGUCAAAUGACGAUGUUUAUGACGGUUACUUUAUACCCAAAGGUGCGAUGGUAAUGGUCAAUCAGUGGGCACUGUCUCGGGAUGAAGAUGUGUUUUCUAAUGCAUCACGCUUCGAUCCUAGUCGCCAUCUAACAGUUGACGGGAAGCUGAAGGAUCAUUUGGUCAACCAUUUUGCCUUCGGUCAUGGCAGGCGUAUUUGUCCUGGUCGUUGGUUUGCAGAUAACAGUCUGUGGACUGCAGCUACCGCCAUACUCGCCGUCUUACGCGUCGAUCAUGCCAAAGAUUCAAACGGAAAUAGGAUUGAGGUGAAGCCGGAGUUCACCACCGGCUUGGCGGUGUAA